CACUAAAUACCUACCUGUACAGAUUUGGUUUUCUUAGAUAAAUCUUGGUGUCUCGACAAUAACCACUGUUCAGUUUAGAUACUAUGAGCACGCUUUCAUCAAUCACAAUAGUUGCUUAUUUCGUGGUUGAUGCAACAGAUUUACAAGAUUUUGUAGACGCAAUAAUCAAUACGAAUGGGGGACAUAGCGGCACAAACUCAAGUCAACAACAAACAAACAAUACUCUAGCUAUCGUGGUACCUGAUUCAGGUUACGAUUUAAAAACAAAUGAAGAUAGACAUAAAGACCAUACACGACUUUAUUCCAACUACACAGACAUAGACGAUUAUUUAAAGUUACAAAAUGAAAGUGGAAGUUUUAAAUCCACUAAUAAUCGAAGAAUGAUUGUUUCAUCCGUUGAAAUUACAACACCUAUAAAUUCAAACGAUUCCAGCAGCAAAAAACGGGUAAGAAAGGUAAGAACAUAUGCGCCUAAACCACACGAUAACUCUAACCACGAAAGGAGGAUACAAGAAAUUAAAGAACAUAUGGAACACCAUUUCACUUCUACUCUAUAUUUGUAUAACGAAGCAAAAAGAAUCGAGAGAACCCAUGUCGUGAUGGAUGAAUUAAGGUUGAUGGCUGAAGAUGCUGACAAUCCAAAAUAUGAAUUUCUAAGGGAAAAAGUUUUGGAGUGCGGCCGUCAACCCAAAGUCAAGAUACCCAAAAACAUUUGGAAGAAACCUAAUAAUGUCGUAAUCAAUAUCCAGAAGGACCCGUUAAAUGACAACGUUCCCAGUUAAAUAUUAUGUUUUAUUAUGUAAGCAUUUUGCAUGUGAACUUUUCGAUUAAAGUCUUUGAUUUCUAUUCUAG